ACUACCUCCUCCUCUAUUUCCUCUCCUCGCACAAACUAUGGCGCCUUCCCUGCAUCGCAACGACAGUUCUCCACCUCGCGACCCUUCGCCGAGAAGCAGUCAAGCCAGACCCUAACAGAGAAGAUCGUACAGCGUUAUGCUGUUGGUCUUCCAGAGGGAAAGUUUGUUCAGAGCGGUGACUAUGUCAGCAUUUCUCCGCAACAAUGCAUGACCCACGAUAACUCGUGGCCCGUUGCCUCCAAGUUCAUGUCUAUGGGCGCUACUCGUAUCAACCGCCCCGAACAGAUUGUCAUGACCCUCGACCACGACGUUCAGAACACCUCCGAGUCCAACCUCAAGAAAUACAAGCAGAUCGAAGCCUUCGCCAAGGAACAUGGUUGCGAUUUCUGGCCUGCGGGUCGUGGUAUUGGUCACCAGAUUAUGGUGGAGGAAGGAUAUGCCUGGCCUGGUACUAUGGCGGUCGCCUCCGACAGCCACUCCAACCACUAUGGUGGUGUUGGCUGUCUCGGUACGCCUAUUGUGCGUACCGAUGCUGCCAGUAUUUGGGCUACAUCACGCACCUGGUGGCAGAUUCCCCCUAUCGCGCGGGUCACGUUUAAGGGAACCCUGCCGGUCGGUGCUACUGGUAAGGAUGUUAUCGUUGCUCUGUGUGGACUUUUCAAGGACGAUGUUCUCAACCACGCUGUCGAGUUCACUGGAUCCGAGGAAACAAUGCUGAGCUUGCCUAUUGACACCCGUAUGACCAUCGCCAACAUGACCACCGAAUGGGGCGCUCUCAGUGGCUUGUUCCCCAUCGACACCGGCCUCGAGCGCUGGUUGAGAUACAAGGCCACGGAGGCAGCUAUGCUGGAUGAGCGCACUACUCGCAAGCGUAUCACCCACGAGAGGAUAGACGAGCUGUUUGCCAACCGUCUUGUCGCAGACCCUGAUGCUACAUUCGCCAAGCAGCUUUACUUGGAUCUGUCUACUAUCUCUCCUUAUGUCUCUGGUCCCAACUCCGUUAAGAUUGCCACACCAUUGAACGAGUUAGCCCCACAGAACAUCAAGAUUAACCGUGCAUACAUCGUCUCAUGCACUAAUGGUCGUGCUUCCGACUUCAAGGCUGCCGCCAAGGUCUUCAAGGACGCUGCUAAGGCCAACCCCGAUACCCCUCCUAAGAUUGCUGACGGCGUCCAGCUCUACAUUGGCGCUGCCUCUUCAUUCGAGCAAGAGGCUGCCGAGGCCAACGGCGACUGGCAAGCCCUGGUUGAUGCUGGUGCCCAGCCUCUCCCUGCUGGCUGUGGCCCAUGUAUCGGUCUGGGUAAGGGUCUCCUGGAGGACGGAGAAGUUGGAAUCUCCGCUUCCAACCGAAACUUCGUUGGUCGUAUGGGCUCCCGCUCAUCACAGGCCUACCUGUCCAGUCCCGAGGUCGUGGCUGCUAGUGCUCUUAGCGGUGUUAUCUCCGGCCCAGGUACUUACGAAGUGCCUGAGGGCUACACCGGUGUCGAGUACGGAUACGGUACCGGUGCCCCGGAUACCACUGAGAGCAAGCUCUCCGAUAUGGUUUCGCAGCUCGACUCGCUUAUCAACCGCGUCGAGUCCAUGGAUACCACUUCCGAGUCCAACACUGAGGUCCUUCCCGGAUUCCCCGAGAGGAUCAGCGGUGAGAUUGUCUUCUGUGACGCUGAUAACCUGAACACUGAUGGUAUCUACCCCGGUAAAUUGACAUACCAGGACAACGUCUCGAAGGAGGAUAUGGCUCGCGCCUGUAUGUCUAACUACGACCCCGAGUUCGACGGUAUUGCCAAGCCAAAUGAUGUCCUCGUUACUGGUUUCAACUUCGGCUGUGGAUCUUCACGAGAGCAGGCCGCUACUGCUAUUCUUGCUAAGCAGAUCCCACUGGUUGUUGCCGGUAGUUUGGGAAAUAUCUUCUCCCGUAACUCUAUCAACAACGGACUGGUUAGCUUGGAAAUUCCUCGCGUUCUUGAGCGUCUUCGUGCCCGAUUUGCCGAUGAUGCCAAUGGUGCUCAGCUGACUCGCCGAACCGGCUGGACCCUGACUUGGGACGUGAAGCGCAGUCUUGUUGAGGUUCAGGAGGGUGAGAGUGGUGAGACCUGGACUGAGCAGGUUGGUGAACUGCCGGCAAACGUGCAGGCCAUUAUUGCCGCCGGAGGUUUGGAAAGCUGGUGCAAGGAGGAGGUUGCCAAGCUGGCUGCUGAGCCACGCGACUAG